UCUCCCGUAAAAUUUUGCAAUCGAAACACGAAAAAAAAAACAAUAAUAAUCGGCACACACAGUACAAACCCCUCGCGCAACAUACAUACCCAACAUAUGUAUCCCCGGACUAAUCAGCAUGCGAACGAAUGACACAAUAACGUAACUGAAAGUACAAAUAUCGCAUAUCAACGAAUGAUUUUUUUCGUGGGUUGUGUUACCGUUGAGUGAAUCCACUGAAAUAAAAAAAAACAAAGACAAAAGCAAAAACUGCUUCGUCAAACAAUAAGUCGAACGCCCGACAAUUAAUCCCUCGAUAAUUAAUGAAGAAUUAAUUAGUGCUGUUUUAAGCUAAUAGUGCCGAGUGAACUCGCGAUGUAUAGGAAGUGUCACAUGGUCACGCCUCUGUUUACGCAUUAACCCCCAAUUGUUUGUUUUGAUUACGACGAAAACACCCAGUGGUUUUUGAUAAAAUAAUUGCAAUGGAUCAAGUGGACGGGGAUUACUUGGGCUCCUACAGGAGAUUUCUCGUGGACUUCGUCGAGAGCAUGGACCCCGACGAUCAACUCCCGGUCAAAAUGACGGGCUACGACGUCAGGGAGGCUGAACUCGUCGGUGAAGUCAUCGACAUGACGCUUCAGUAUUUGAAUCAAAAAUAUUGUCCACCAAGUCUCCAAUCGCACAUAGUUCACCUCGUCAUCGAGGAGAUAAAAACAAUGUGCAGAAAGCAGCCGGAGGCCUGCGGUCUGAGGCCACAAGAAAAGACAUACGCACCACUGAAGCUGAUGCAGGCUGUAACAGGCAAAGUGAACGAAAUAUGUCAACGUUACUUGGAGAACAGCAGACUAGCCUUGCUGCCACCACCACCAUCGACUCCUCUACCUCUAACCACAGUCUACGCCAUAAAAAAUACCCGACGAAAGAUGGAAGAUCGUCACGUCGUAUUGCACGAUCUAAACACCAUUUUCAAUAUACAAGACGAAUCAACAGCGAGUUAUUACGCUGUGUUCGAUGGGCAUUUGGGCCCGGAAGCUGCUGUCUACUGUACAGCACAUUUACAUCAGUAUUUAGCCGAGAGUGUUCAUUAUCCAACUGAUCCAGAGCGUGCAUUGCGCGAUGCCUUCGUUACAACUGAUGCACAUUUUGUACAGAAAUCCCAGGAUCUGAUGAUCAACAGUGGUGCCACAGCUCUCUGUGCACUGAUCAUCAAUAGAAAAUUGUACGUUGCUUGGGCUGGUGACUCUCAGGCUGCACUUGCGAAACGGGGGAAUGUCACUCAGCUUGUUAAUCCGCACAGGCCAGACAGGACUGACGAGAAGGACAGAGUUAUAAGGAUGGGCGGAAGUGUGAUGUACUACGGGAUGUGGCGGGUGGACGGAAAUCUUGCUGUAUCACGAGCAAUAGGUGACGCACAGUACAAGCCUUAUGUCACCGGGGAUCCGGAAAUACGUUGUGUUAUGCUCGAUGGUAGCGAGGAUUUUCUGGUGAUAGCGUGUGAUGGAUUGUGGGACUAUAUUGAUGAGACAACAGCUGCUGGAAUUGUUUACCAACAAAUUUGUCACGAUCCACAAAAUCUUCAAGCAGUGAGUCAACGAUUGGUCGAAUACUCGAAGAACAAGGGCUCCUCCGACAACAUAACAGUGAUAGUAGUGUUUCUAACGCCCCCCAAUCAAAUAGCAACACGAUUUACUCACAAUCAUCCGCUGAUUGCGGAUGUUGAGUUGAAUAAUAUGGAGCCGGACAACAGGUACUUCUCAUCGGCAACCGGCCAGUAUGAAGUCAAUGCUGGUAUCAAUGCGCCUUUUGGAAAGGGAAUGAGAAAUCAGAAUAAUGGAGGGGGAUUCGAUGAGGAUGAGUUCCCCUACAGCAAAUCUUCCAAUGGGAGGCAUGAGAAUGGGGCUGUGGACUACGACGAGGAGGAGGACGAAGGCGAGGAGGAUGAUGACGAUGAUCUUGGCCCGGAGAGCAAUGUCGACGCUGUGGACGAGGCUGGAGAGGUGUGCACACUCGCCAAUGUCUCGAGGGAACUCUUUCCGGAUGAAUCGCCUAAGGAGGAAGUGCUGGGGGAUGGAGUGGAGGAUACGGGAGUCAGACAUUCAGGCUCCAAGAAAAAUGUACACGAUCCGGAGAAUGUAGGUGACAGUGAGGACUCUGACGACGAGUGGAAUUACUACAGGGUCGAUUCGGAUAAGGUGAAAAAUCAGGGGAUUGAGGUGGCUGAGAGGUGUGAGGACGAGCAACUACUGGGGACUGGGGAUUCUGAGAUUCAGAAGGGUCCUGAGGCUGUGGAGAUUGGGGAGAGUGAGAAGGAGAGGGAGAACGAGGUCGAGGAGAAAGAGACGGUUUCCAGUGAUAGUGAGAGAGAGGCUCGACAGCAGCUCACUGACCCAGAGAUUCGAGAGCAACCCCCAGCGAUAAACCUCCCCCCCUCCCCGGAGCCAUCAGAACUCCACCAAUUAUCCCCCGAAGAAAUGGACUUCCAGUUAAACCCCAACGCCGCAGAAUUCAUCCCAGUGUCGCCAGCCCCAACACUUCCCACUCGCAUACUGGACCUACCAAUUUCCGGUUCACCCCUGAAACAGACCCCAAUGAUGGACGACAUCCGAGUGCCCAGUCCCAGCGAAUUUCAGGAGGAGGUGAGCCACCGUCCGAGUGAAAUAGAGGGAAAAAUUGUCUCCCCCCAGAAUGGUGAUCCCCUAGACGAGAAGAUGGAUCAGGAGAAGGUGAAGCCAAUUUUCUGUCUCGACGAGUCCGAAGUCUCCUCGACAAAGGCUGAAUUUGGUGAUGAGUCAACAGCGAGUUUUUUGACAAAUCCAGACUACCACAGGAAUCCUGGACUCGAUGGAUCAUUCACCAGUUCAUGUUCAGCCUUCGAAAAUGAUCCGAUGAUCAUGUCAUUUGGUCCUGGUGACUUCAAUCCACUGAACAGUAAUCCAGUGGAUCUCAAUGCUGUACAUGAUCUGACAGAUGCCGAUCUACUGGCUGAUGGCAAUAGCACAGGGCUUCAGGACGAGGAACGAGACAAUGAUGUCCAUCCUGAACUGGCUGAUCUCAUCUCACCUGACUCGGAUCAGCCAAAACCAUCAGAUGCCUUCCCUGAUCACCAGAUGAACGAUAUGUUCGGGAAUAUGACCCUGGAGCAGCAGAUGGAGGAGAGGAUUGAGCAAGAGGUAGAGGCUAUGAACCUGAAGAACACGAAUCAAGAGGAAUUGGCUUGUCCAUCGAAUGGAGGAGAAUUGCCACUAGUUUACGAAGAACAAAGUAUUGAGACUAAAGUCGAGAGUCCAGAGUCAAUUGAACCUGAGGGGCUCCUGGAAUUGAGGGAGAGCCCCCUGGAAGUGAGGGACAGCCCCCUGGAGGUGAGGGAGAGUCCCCUAGAGGUGAGGGAGAGCCCCUUGGAGGUGGAGAGUCCGCUGGGGGUGACGGAAAGCCCCCUGGAGGUUCCUGAGACCUUUGACCUCAUGUCCUGCGACCCCCCAAGCCAGAAUCCCUUCGUCUCCUCAUCAACCGAAGAAACGCAUCAGGAUUUAAUCACCUGUAGUUUGCCUAAAGAACCAGAGAUUUCAAGUCCAAAGCAAGAAACAAUGGAUGUGGAUCCCCUAGCUGGAGCAACAUCCCCAGUAUCAGACGCACCUGAUGAUCAUUUAAUCCAUCAUGAGGACUUAAUCAGCACAACUGAGGACAAAUCAUCACCUCCAGAGGAGCCAGUAGCUAUAAAAUUAUCCGAAUCCCUCCAAGAAUUCACUGGCCUCGAGGAGCAAUUCAAUCCACUGGAGAAAGAUUCAGGUGUUGAGACCCCAGUUGCCGAGGAUUUGAGGGCUGUUACUGAUGUGAUUGCCUCCAGUCCUGAAUCCAUUGUCCAACAGUCUGAUAAACCUCAGAUUGAAGUCAGUGCUGAACCACUUGAGCCUAAACAGGAACAAGUUUCAGUUGCUGAGAUUGAACCACCAGUUACAGAGGCUCCAGUGACUCCAGUGACUCCAGUGAUAGCUCCAGCUGCACCUGAAAAAGAACCUGAGAAAGAUAAAACCCCAGCCAAGCCUAAAACCUCAGCAACAACGAAAGCCCUAUCAAAGCCCCCAACGAAAACGGUAAAAUCAGAUGUAAAAUCCGCUCCAAAAGCCUUACCAACAUCUCCAAACAAGCUCUCCCCACGUCCAUCAGCUCCAGCAACGAAAAAAACAUCUCCACGUCCAGCAACAAAGCCCCCAACAUCAGCAGCAACAGUUCCAAAACCAUCGAAACCACCAGCAAAAGCACCAACUCCAAGAAUCGCUCCAAUCCCACCAAAACCAAAAUCAACGACUGGUGCUUCUAGACUCACAGCAACAAAGACAUCAGUCACUGAUAAAAAACCUCCAGGGGUUGUUAAUGGAGACGUGAAGACAGCUAAACCCAAGAUGGCCAGCAGUAAACCACCUGUUAAACCGUCUGUUGGGGCCACUAGACCCACGACAGCUCCUCCAAAACCUAAAGUACCUUUGACGUCUGUCAAAACGUCGACUGGAGCUGCUACUGGAGCUGGAGUGGCCGCUAAACCCCAGAGGCCCAAGACAGCACCUUCCACCAGCACUACAGGGACAUUAACGAGUAAAACUAGAAUUUCAGUUGCUGCUAAACCCCCAGUUAUCGAUAAACAGAUCAAGGAAACUGCGAAUAAACAGAUAUCCUCCAGUCGUAUCUCCAUCACUGCCUCCAGUGUUAAGAAGACGACCACUAUAUCGGCUGCUGCCUCUGCCAGACGUGUCACUACGACAACAGUUGCUGGUGCCGGGGCCAAGAAACCUGGGGCCACCAGGACCAGUGGAAAACCAACUGCUACUGCUGUCAAUGGAAAGACUGCCUCCAGGACACCUGUCAAGGCUAAAUUGCAGAAUGGGGUUUGUGAUGUCAAGAAGGUCGAGGAGGAGGUGAAGAUCGAGGAAGACGUGCCACAGAAGGAUGUCUCGCCUGUUGAAGUGUCCAACGACAAUCAGCUCAUCAUCACUGCGGAAUAGUUGGGAAUAAGGAGGAAUGCUUUUGAUGUUUUUUAUUUGUGAGAGGUUGGAGGUUUGUUUCGUCUUGGGCUUGGGUGAGGACCUGGGGGAUUUUUUGGCGAUUCUGGAGGGCCUCGGGGGAAGUGGUGGACUGAGGGGGGCUUGAUGGGGUUUUAGGGGAUGGAAAUGGGGAGGGGCUUUUUGGAGAUUACAUUUUUGGGGGAGUGGAAGGCUGAUGAAUUGGAAAGCUAUGCGCGGAAUUUAGGGGGAAGUUGGGGUGAGAAAAUUGGGAGGAAGAGUUUUGAGAGCUUUUGGGGACUGUAGAGUCGUCUUGGGAAUUCCAAUUCUUGGGUUUUAGAAAAAUGUGAAAGUUUUUUUUGAUUAUUUUGGGGAUCAUGUCGAUUGAUAUUUUCGGUUGAAUUAUUCGUUUUAAAGAUGAAGUUAUGAAUUUUUGUGAAUUGUAAAAUAAAUCGGAAUUUAUUUUUGAAUUGUCGUGGAGAGAUUAUGAGGGAAGGGAGGAUUUUCUGAAGGUUGUGGAUUCAGCUUGACAGCUGGUGAUUUGUGGAUAAUGUCGAGAGAUUUUUUUUUGUAAAGGAUUCGGUGGUUAUUGUGUGGAAAAUUGUCCUGAUAUUUUUAUGUGGAAUGAUUUGUUUUAGAAAUGAAGUCACGAAUUUUCAUGAAUUGAAAAAUAAAACGGAAUUUAUUGGAGAAUUUUCUUGCGGAAGUUAUGAAGGAAUUUCAGGGUUUUUGAGGGUUGACGAUUUAUCUGGGGGAUGAGUGAUUUUACGGGUAAUUUUCAGAAUUUUUUGUAGAUAAUUUAUUGACUAUUAUUCAGAACAUUUCUCUUUAUGUUUUCAUCUAGAAACAUUGCAGACGAUUACAAAGUAAAUCUGGAAAUUCAUUCUGAAUUUAUCUACAGAAUUGCAGAGAAUUUUGUGAUUAUUAUUUUCCAAAUGUCCCUCGAUAUUUCCAUACAGAGUGACUCUUUUUAGAGAUCAAUUGACUAUCAACAAAAGUAUUGGAACAUGAAGUGUCACAUUUUCCCUUUUUCUAAUUCCGUGAUUACCUCAAGAAAAGGUGAUUUUAGAGAAAAAAGUCGAGAAAUAUUUUUUCUCGAGAAUUAAAUUUCCUUCAAAAAUGGUUUCUCAACAUUUUCUCUAAAUCCACUCACAAUUAAAAUAACUCAACAAUCACCAAAAAUUCUUCAAUCAAAUUUUCCAAUUCCCCUUCACAAUCGUCUAAUAAUCUCAAAAACUUUCUUUUCAAAUUUCCUGAGAAAAAAAGUCUUCAACAAUUCUAAAACUAAUCACAUGAAAAAAUGAUCAAUUCGAUCGCGUUCCACCAGCUCCUCCAGGGUCCCCCCACCACAUAUUUUUCAAUUGACUGCGUCGAUUUUUCAUUUCUUAAUAUCUCCAUAUAACGAGAGAACCAGGAGAGCUUAGGAAUUUUAUACUCGAACAACGCUUGCAAAUUUUGCUCUGUUAUUGUGUAAAUAAUCAAAAUGCCUUUUCGUCAUUAUCGAUAAAAGCAUAAAUAUUAAUUGUAGUACAUUUUUUACAUGAAUGCCGCGAAAAAAAACAUUUUCUUGACGAAUAAAUCGAAUCAAUAUCAUGGUGCUCGCUAGCGUGGGCUGACGAAUAAACUGCUGUUUUCCUUUUCUUUUUUAAAAUUUCAUUAACGACUCGUUCAAUUCAUUACUCUAAAACGUUUUAAUUUUCCUUUUUUAUGGCUUUGUAAUGAUAGACCCAGAUGUAUGAUGGAUGACAUCACACAGGUAUCACCAGUGACAGAAGAGAAAAAAAAAUGAAAGUACGAAAAAAAAAAUAUUGAUAAAAACCUCUGACAAAGGCGAUGAGAUCAUAGUUAUCAUAUUAUCCCUUACCUUAUGCAUUUGUUUUCUUAAUUACUGAUAUCAUCAUGUGCAUUACAUACUCGAUAAUUAAUCAUGUCCGAUUUUUGUCCUCUGCUGUUGAAAGAGCGAGAGAAAAAGGGGUGGGAGUCGAGGUUUAAUGGUAAUGAGAAAAAAAGAGAACGAAAAAUUCAUUAUUUAUUUGUGCGUUCCUAUUAUUGGACAAGUGCAUUCGAGAAAUUGACAGAAUUUAAUUGAA